AUGGCGGAGGAACCGAUCGUCCCGGUGUACUGCACCGGCGUUUCGGCGCAGGUGCAACGGCAACGGGCGAAGGCGUUGGGGUUGGGUCGGCACGAGAACGCGGUGCGGUACCUGGGGCAGGACUACGAGCGAUUGGUGGAGGAAUGUGAGGAGGGCCGGGGUGCCGCCCCUCUCUGCCGCGGCCACACCUCCCCGCCGGCUCCCGCUUCCCUCGGCUUCCGCGAGCUCGGUCCCGGCACCGCCAAAACCCACGGCGUCCAAUGGAAGAGACCGACGGAGCUGUGUCCGCGCCCGCAGUUCAUCGUGGACGGGGCCACGCGCACCGACAUCUGCCAGGGAGCGCUGGGUGACUGCUGGCUGCUGGCGGCCAUCGCUUCCCUCACGCUCAACGAGACCAUCCUUCACCGCGUGGUGCCGCACGGGCAGAGCUUCCAGCACGGCUACGCCGGCAUCUUCCACUUCCAGAUUUGGCAAUUCGGCGAGUGGCUGGACGUGGUGGUGGACGACUACUUGCCCACCAAAGACGGCAAGCUGCUCUUCGUCCACUCCGCCGAGGGCACCGAGUUCUGGAGCGCCUUGCUGGAGAAAGCCUACGCCAAGGUGAACGGCUGCUACGAGGCGUUGUCGGGCGGCAGCACCUCGGAGGGUUUCGAGGAUUUCACCGGCGGCGUGACGGAGUGGUACGACCUGCGCAAGCCCCCCGCCGAUCUCUACCAGAUCAUCCUCAAGGCGCUGGAACGCGGAUCCCUGCUCGGCUGCUCCAUCGACAUAACGAGCGCCUUUGACAUGGAGGCGGUGACGUUCAAGAAGCUGGUGAAAGGCCACGCGUACUCGGUGACGGGGGCCAAGCAGAUCAACUACCGCGGGCAAUCCCUGGGCCUGAUCCGUAUGCGCAAUCCCUGGGGAGAAGUGGAGUGGACGGGACCCUGGAGCGACAACUCGGCCGAGUGGAACGCAGUGGAGCCGGCGCUGAGGCAGCAGCUGAUGGUGAAAAUGGAGGACGGUGAAUUUUGGAUGUCCUUCCGGGAUUUCCUCCGGGAAUUCACCCGCCUGGAGAUCUGUAACCUCACCCCGGACGCUCUCCAAUCCCGCAAAUUCCGCAAGUGGAACACGCGGCUCUACGACGGGACGUGGCGGCGCGGCAGCACGGCCGGCGGUUGUAGGAACUACCCCGCCACUUUCUGGAUCAACCCGCAGUUUAAGAUCCAACUGGAGGAGGUGGACGACGACGGGGACGAGGGCGGCAGGCGCGAGCCCGGCUGCAGCUUCCUGCUGGCGCUGAUGCAGAAGCACCGGCGCCGCGAACGCCGCUACGGCAAGGACAUGGAGACCAUCGGAUUCGCCGUCUAUGAGGUUCCUCCUGAGUACGUGGGGAAAUCGGGCGUCCACCUGAAGCGGGAUUUCUUCCUGGCCAACACCUCGCGCGCCCGUUCGGAGCAGUUCAUCAACCUGCGGGAGGUGAGCACCCGGUUCCGGUUGCCGCCGGGCGAGUACAUCGUGGUGCCCUCCACCUUCGAACCCAACAAGGAAGGAGACUUCGUUCUCCGCGUCUUCUCCGAGAAGAAAGCCGGCACCGAGGAAAUGGAUGACAAGAUCCAGGCGACGCUCCCGGAUGAGAAAGUGCUCUCCGAAAGCCAAAUCGAUGAUAACUUCAAGCAACUCUUCAAGCAGCUGGCGGGGGCGGACAUGGAGAUCAGCGUCAGGGAGCUUCAGACCAUCCUCAACCGGAUCAUCGGCAAACAUAAAGAUCUGCGGACCAAAGGCUUCAGCACGGAGUCCUGCCGCAGCAUGGUCAACCUCAUGGACAAAGACGGCAACGGGAAGCUGGGGCUGGUGGAGUUCAACGUGUUGUGGAACAGAAUCCGCAACUACCUGGUGGGUCCGGGAGGGGAUUUUGGGGUGAAAUCGGGGGGCUAUAAAUUGAACAAAAAGCUGCACGAGCUGAUCAUCACCCGCUACGCGGAGCCCGACCUGGCCAUCGACUUUGACAACUUCGUCUGCUGCCUCGUGCGCCUGGAGACCAUGUUCCGUUUUUUCCAAGCGAUGGACGUGGACCAGGACGGCGUCGUCACCUUUGACUUGCUGCAGGGUUCCCAAAAACGCAGCAAUUCCACCCCGGAAAACCCCCGGCCCAAGCGAACCCUCUCCUCCCGCAGCCCUUACGCGCUUUUCUCUCCCAACAGCUUCUCCCCGAGCGUCACCCCUUCCCAAAAAUACACAGCGCGCAGCAGCCGGGGCGAGGUGGUGACCUCGUUCGGCUCCGUCCAGGGUCCCUCCUGGAGCGGUCGCGGCGGUCGCGGUUGUACCCCGAAACUUUUCGGUCCCCCGGAAGAAAAUUUAACAAAAAGCUACAAAUUCAUGUUCCAGAAAGCACUCGACGUCCGAGAAGCGCUGUCUUGGAGGAUCGAAGAGCUCGGUGACGCGCUGAAGAGCCACCAUCACCUGGAGGACUUCGCCUCGGUGUUACUCCCGGCGCAGGAACCGGUGACGGUGCUGGGCCGGAUCGGCUGCGACAGCAACGGGAAGCUCAACGCCAAAUCGGCGGUGCUGGAGGGUGACAGGGAACACUCCUCGGGCGGACACGUCCCCCUCGACCUCUCGGAGCUGAAGGAAUAUUCCCAGAGGAUGGUGCUGGUGGCCUGCGGACCCUACACCCCCUCCGACAGCAUCGCCUACGACCCGCUCGCCGACCUCGUCGAGGUGAUCGGCCGCGACCGCCCCGACGUCUGCGUCCUGUUUGGGCCGUUCCUGGAUGCCAAACACGAACAAGUGGAGAACUGCCAGCUCCUGGGGUCCUUCGCCGAGGUCUUCAAGCUCUGCCUGAAGACGAUAAUCGAAGGGACGAGAAGCGCCGGCUCUCACCUCGUCUUCGUCCCCUCGCUGCGCGACGUCCACCACGACUACGUCUACCCGCAGCCGCCGUUCCUCUACCCCGAGCUGCCGAAAGACGACAAACCGCGCGUGCAUUUCGUGUCGGACCCCUGCACCCUCGACGUCGACGGCGUCGUUUUCGGCCUGACCUCCACCGACCUCCUCUUCCACAUGGGCGCCGAGGAGAUCAGCUGCUCAUCCGGGAUCUCGGACAGGUUCACGCGAAUCCUCAAGCACAUCCUGACGCAGAGGAGUUACUACCCGCUGUACCCCCCUUCGGAGGAGCUGAACGUCGACUACGAGAGCUUCUACAGCUACGCCUCGUUACCCGUCACCCCCGACGUCCUCGUCACCCCCUCGGAGCUGCGGUACUUCGUUAAGGAGGUGCUGGGCUGCGUCUGCAUCAAUCCUGGCCGGCUGACGAAGGGCCAGGUCGGGGGUACCUACGGCCGCCUGUACCUACAGCGGGAAGACACUACGGGCGAGCGGAAGAGUCCGUGUGUUGCCGCUCAAGUUGUUAAAAUCUAA